AAAGCCCCAAAUCUCUCCGCCCAAAGUUUCUUCGAAGACUAAACGUACAAACGAGACGAAGAAGAAGAAGAAGAAGAAUCACAAGCUCAACACCAAAAACCAAAACCAAAACCAUCUAUCGUGUGCGGUGACGGAGAAUGGCGACGUUUGAACUGUACCGUAGAUCGACGAUCGGGAUGUGCUUGACGGAGACUUUGGAUGAGAUGGUGAAUAGCGGUACGCUCAGUCCUGAGCUCGCCAUUCAGGUUCUCGUUCAGUUCGAUAAGUCUAUGACUGAAGCUUUGGAAAGUCAGGUGAAAAGCAAGGUCACCAUUAAGGGACAUCUGCACACUUACAGAUUUUGCGACAAUGUAUGGACCUUCAUCUUACAGGAUGCUAUAUUUAAGAGUGAGGAGAACCAAGAAAAUGUUGGCAGGGUGAAAAUAGUGGCAUGUGAUUCAAAGUUGCUCACGCAAUGAAAUGUCUGAGGACAGUGGUCUGUUUAAUAACAAAAAUUUUAUUGCCCCCCUAUUGGUAGUAAUGGGCAUAUGGUGGCAAGGAAGAAAAGUUGGAGUUUGUAUUAUUACCUGCAGGAACUGGUAACAGUGGGAGAUUGAAUAUAAAUUGUAAAGCCAUCACACCCUUGAGAUUUAUAGUUAUUUGAUGUUACAUGGAUUAUGUUGCAAA